AUGGAUUGGAUUAUCUCGGAUGAGUUGGGGCUUACUGUUGGCCAUCUUGUGGGUUGGGGUGCAGCAGGCGCUAUGAUCGUGGGAGGUGUAGCCCCAUAUAUUCCCCAAUAUAAACAGAUUAAAAGGACACAAGACGCUGAAGGCUUCUCAUUAUAUGUUUGCUUGGCACUCCUAAUAGCAAACACUUUAAGAAUAUUGUUCUGGUUUGGUAAACGAUAUGAGUUACCACUACUAAUUCAGAGUAUUGUUAUGAAUGUCACAAUGUUUGUGAUGAUCCAUCUGUGUGUAACAGUUCGCAAAAAGAACCAAAUAAUAAGGGCAAGAGAGCGAAUAUUCACAGGUGCAAUAUUUAUGUUAUAUAUACUGUUGUGUUGUGUAAAUGGAUCAGACCAGCCGGACGAAACAGCACGCUGGUUGGACCAACGUACCGGUAUAACAACUAGAGAAAAACCGCAUCGCUUUUAUGUAUACAAUUUAUCUUCAUGCUUUGACAUUAUCAUCUAUGGAUAUUAUUUGUGA